UACCGUAGUACUCUUAGUGCACCAGUACUCGUACUCGUACUCKUACUGCUGCCAUCGUCAAAACUCAAAAUAAUUCUGUCCUUUUUAGUAGUAGUAAUAUUUUGCAAUCCGGGAGUUGUUGGCAAAGACGGUCCGAUACGAGAGGAACCGGUGCUGGGUAUUCCUCUUCAGAAUUGCUCAUAGUGACUCUGUCACAGUUGUUGCGAUAACAAGUGGCGCAACCACAAUAUAGAUAUAGACAGCAGCCACAGCAGCACAUCAAAUAACACAACGCCAACAUACGCCACCGCAUCUAUUGUUGUGAAAGAACGGGAAGACCACCGAUCGUACCAUGYGCUAUAGCUUCCCGUCAACCAGAACUAUGGGAACGCAAGUAAAACAGCGACGACGAACCAUUCUGCUCGCUGUCCCGUUUCCGGUGGUUCCUUCCACCCUCUUCUUUCUUGCUCUGGUCUGCGUUGCGGCCCGUUCGGUCUCGGCCUCGGCUGUUAACGGCGACAACAACUGCGUCGACGAUCCCAGUGUUCUUUUUCGGUUCAAAAACAAGAACCGGUCCUGCGCGUGGCUCUCGAACAAACCAAGGAGCAAAAAGAGGUUUGUCUGCAAAAAGAGGUCGACGAUACUCGGACAAGAGGACACGGCACGGGUCAAGCGAUUCUGUCGAUCGGCCUGCAGCGAAUGGAACAAGAACUGCCAAACCAACAACGGCAACGCAUGYACAGACGACCCCGACUUUGUCUUUCUCUGGAAAAACAAGAGGGAGCGAAAGUGCUCGUGGCUGUCCCGGGUGGAAGACUCCAGCGAGCACAAGGCGGUGGCCUGCGGGAAGCACGCCGAGUCCUGCCAAUCGGCCUGCAACUUUGAGAACUGUCGGAACCGAACCCACGCACCGAGCCCAACUCGUUCGCCGUCGGCGUCGCCCAGCUCCGGGCCGAGCGCUGCUUUUGGCACGACGCAUCCCAGUGCGCCUCCCACCGGCAGCGAAAGCGGCAGCGCUUUUCCCACCGAUAGCAACAACGGUGGCGGCCCCCCCGUGUCUUUGGUUUCGCCGUCGCCGUCGCCGUCGCCGUCGCGGGCUCCAGCGAGCGAGCUUCCCACGGGGGGGCCGCCGGAGGCCUUGUUUUCCGGCAAGAAAGGGGCCUGCUGGACCCUCCGCGAGGCCGGCAAGAACGGAUCCUACCAAGAAAACAUYCCCAAGGCCAGGGCGCUCGAUCCGCACUGGAUGUACUCGUGGGGACAGGCGCCCCCGGAGGGCGUUCCCACGGUCCCCGGCGAGAAGGGCGGGAUCCGAAUUCCAAACCCCUCCGGGACGCCCCCGCUGAUGGACUUUGUGCCCAUGCUGUGGGGGUACUACCCCGACAUCUUUGAGGAGUUUACGGACCAGAUCCUCGACCAGAAUCCCAGGAUCGUCCUGGGAUUCAACGAACCGGAUGCAAGGGAGCAGUCYGACCUCUCCGUSGAUGCCGCGAUCGAGGGAUGGUCCAGACUCGUGGCAAAGACCACCGGCGAAAGCCGCAACGAGGACGUCCUGCUGGUCAGUCCGUCCGCCGUAAAUCCGMUGGGGAGCUGGUUCGAGGAGUUUAUGGACCGCACCGAGCAGGAGGGCAUCCGCGUCGAUGCCAUCGGGGUCCACUGGUACGGUGGGGCGAGCCCCGAGACCUUUGUGCAGAAACUAAACGCCGUGCGCGACAAAUACCAGCGGCCGGUGUUGGUGACGGAGUUUGCCGUGGCCGACUGGGAGGCAACGUCCGUCGAAACCAAUCGGUUUUCGGAGGACCGGGUCCUGGAAUUCAUGCGGGCCGUUCUUCCGUGGAUGGAAGACCAGGACUGGAUCCUGGGGUAUUCCUGGUUUUCCUUCGAACGAACCAAUCCCUACGGAACGAGUUCGGCUCUCUUUUACGAGGACGCGUCCGCCGACGGCACACCGGUGCUGACCCCGCUGGGCGAGUACUACGCAGCGUACCGCAAGAACGAGCAGAACGGMAUCAACCCAACAACRACGACACCAUCACCAGGGGACAAAGAGCUGCCGGGGGGCAGCCAGGAAAACGGUUCAAGAAAUAAUUUUGCCUUUGCAACGACAAUGGUUUCGAUGUUAACGCCGAGCAACUUGCUGGUAAGGUAAAAACAAAAGUUUCCCCUUUCCAAUCGACUCGGUUUUCUUAAAUCUAUAAAUCCAAUUCUAUCAA